GAGAUAGUAAGCUGUGUGUAGUACAGGGACAUAUAAAAGAGAUGCUUUGUUACCUCACUCAUCCAGUAUCGUUAAACUUAUUUCUUUACACUAGACACAAAUUUUCAAAAAAAAAACCAUCAAGAUGAAAACGAUAGUCGCACUUGCUGCCCUUGUCGCAGUAGCUUUUGCAGCUCCCCAAAGCCAAGCAGACAAAGAUGCAGUAGUCCUCAAGUAUGACAGUGACAACAUUGGCAUUGAUGGAUACAACUUUGCUUUUGAGACAAGCAACGGAAUCUCGCAGCAAGAACAAGGACAACUGCAGAAUGCUGGAUCAGAGAAUGAGGCUAUCGCAGUCAGGGGAAGCUACACCUUCACAGGACCCGAUGGUGUGACAUACACCGUCACAUACGUUGCUGACGAAAAUGGCUUCCAGCCAGAAGGAGCUCAUCUUCCUAAAGCGAAAUAGACGAAGUUUGGGUUUCCAUUCGUAGGAAAUACCUGUUUGAUGUUGUACAUAUUUUUCCUAUUAAAAUAAAGAAAACUUUGAAAUCUGACUUUUUUUGUU